UUUUGGCCCGCCACGCCCCCUUUUGUCUGGGCUCCGGUCUUUUGAUCUCAUGUUUAUGUUUUUUUUUCUGAAUUUUCGACACGUGGAGGUGAAGUUUUGCGCUAAUAUUCAGUAUAAGGGUUGGCAAGUAAUGGAAGAUGCCGCCGUUCUUGGGCAAACGACACAGAAAUUGAGCGAGAGAGUUCAAGUCGAGUUCAUCAAGCAGCCGCGGUCUUGGUUCAUAGUCGCAACUUUGACGUUCAGUAAGGGCAAAGCGUUUUCAAUCUCAGAGGUCGACCUCAAGCUCCAAAUAAUAAAAUCCCUGAAGCAGCUCUUCGGAGAGGCGGGAGGAGCUAUUAAGGUAGACGUACUCAAGUUCAACCCUGCCACGAACAGGGCCAUCCUCAGGUGUCCGUCGGACAGUUUCAUCAAAGUGCGCAGUGCUCUGGUAAUGGUCUCGGAGUUUUCCGGCUCCGAGUGUUUCUUCAAAGUGCAUAGAGUGGCAGCUAACCUUCUCUCACUCACUGCAAGCUCCAGGACAUUUGAGUUUUAAAUGGCUCGGCAAGACGGAAUCCGCGAACCUGCCGAGGUUGAAGUGCGCUGCUGGGUUCACCGGCAAAAAGAGCUGUACUUGCUGCCCCACUACCUUGGUAGAAUUCAGCAAGGAGUAAAAGAUGCGAUGGACGCAACAAUCAACCGGUACGAAGCAGACCUCGGAGGAAUUGUUCGGCAACACAAAAACGUCAAGUUGCUUAGCGUCGACGGAACCAUUACAGGCGAGGAGAGUUUGAUCAUGCUCAGCGUGGAGGCCGACUUUGAAGUCUUCCGGCCCUACGUUGGCUGCAAACUCGAAGGCGUGGUCAACAAAACGAGCGCCAACAACGUCAGUUGCUUGGUCGAAGGGACCUUCAUCGUCUCUUGUCCAAACACGGAGCAGAGCGAGAACUGGAUCGGAUUUCAGACUUUCCUGGGCCAGGGAAUCACGUGCCAGGUCACAAAGGUUGACCUGAACUGCAGAAUUCCUUACAUCAGGGCGACCAUUCUGGAACUCCACAAACCGGUGAAAACUGAGAGAGAAGAAGUUAAAGUAAAAAUUGAGGUGAAAGACGAGGAGGAUAAUAUCAAGGUGAAGAGAAAGAAAAUAAAAAAGGAGCCACUGGAUUCGCCUCAAAAGAAAAAGAAGAGGAAAAGUAACGUUGAGGAUUUUGACAAUAGUGAUUUUGUGAAAAUGAAAAUAAAGGAGGAAAAGGUUCUAAGUGCUAGUGGCUCAGAUAUGGAGGUGGACCAAGUUGAUACCCCGAAAAAGCAUAAGAAGAAGAAAAAGAAAAAGGACUCUGAAAAGAUGAAAAAGAAAAAGAGGAAAAGCAACACUUGGGAAGGUGAGGAAGUUAUGUUUGAUGAGGACGGUUGCCCCAUCAUUGUUUAAAGUGGAUGCAAACAUCUAUGAGACAUUUUAAUUCAUAACAAUUGAAACCAAUAAUAUAAAAUAAAAAUCUUUUAACUUGACUAAAAUAAUUUGGAAUUUCCCAAGAAAA